AAUGUUACAUCUUACAUGGCUCCUUCCCUCUCUUGAUCAACAACAAAAUUAACAAUGCUAAUUAAUGCUUUCUAUUCAAGCCAAAGAAGAAAAAAAAAAAAAAAAUUUGCAUGAGAUAAAGUAUUUAUGAAGCCAAUAUCACUUUAAUUCUAAUUUUUAUAAAUUAAAAUCCUUAUAAACUAGUUACACACCAAUUUCUGUUCAUCUUUUUGCCUUUUACACUCCAUCUCUCCUUUCAUUUUGGCACUCUCACAAUAAAUUCCCAAUCUCAUUCUCAUUCCCUCUUCUACUUUCUCUCUCCUCUUUCUCUCCUUCAACAGUGAGUGUAUUGCAGAAAUCAGAUCAAGAAAAGCUUAGCAUUAACAAUGGAGAUUUUCUACAUUCUGGUGUUCGGUGCCAUGGCUGCUGUUGUUGCAGCAUUAGAGCUCAGCAAAAACAGCAAAGAUCGCAUCAAUACUUCCUCUGCUUUCAACACUUUCAAGAACAAUUACUUGCUCGUUUACUCUCUUAUGAUGGCUGGGGAUUGGCUACAAGGCCCAUAUGUGUAUUAUCUAUACACUACCUAUGGUUUUAGUAAGGGAGACAUUGGGCAGCUUUUCAUUGCCGGGUUCGGAUCAUCCAUGUUGUUCGGGACGAUUGUCGGAUCCCUUGCUGAUAAACAGGGUCGUAAGAGGGCAUGUGUUACUUACUGUAUUACUUAUAUCUUGAGUUGCAUGACCAAGCACUCCCCACAAUACAGAAUUCUGAUGGUCGGGCGUAUUUUGGGAGGCAUUGCCACUUCACUUCUGUUUUCGGCCUUUGAGUCGUGGCUUGUUGCUGAGCACAAUAAGAAAGGAUUUGAACAGCAGUGGCUUUCUCUGACGUUCUCCAAGGCCAUUUUCUUCGGUAAUGGCCUAGUUGCCAUUUUGGCUGGAUUAUUGGGCAAUCUGCUUGUUGAUACUCUUGGGUUGGGUGCUGUUGCUCCGUUUGAUGCUGCAUCCUGCUUCCUUAUCAUUGGUAUGGUAAUCAUAAUAACUUCAUGGGGUGAAAACUUUGGGGAUUCUUCAGAAAGUAAAGACUUGCUCACACAAUUCAAGGGUGCUGCUGUUGCUAUUGCUUCUGAUGAGAAAAUUGCGUUGCUGGGUGCAAUACAGUCCUUGUUUGAAGGUUCCAUGUAUACAUUUGUGUUUCUAUGGACUCCUGCUUUGAGCCCAAAUGAUGAAGAAAUUCCUCACGGUUUCAUUUUUGCAACAUUCAUGUUGGCCUCGAUGUUGGGAAGCUCCCUUGCAUCACGAUUGCUGGCCCGUUCUGCCAAAGUUGAGAGCUAUAUGCAGAUUGUCUUUACCAUAUCUUCUGCCUCACUCACGCUCCCAAUUGUGACAAGUUUCCUGGUAGCACCAUCCAAUGUGAAAGGUGGAGGUAUGUCAUUUGCCGGCUACAUCCAGAUGCUUGGUUUCUGUGUAUUUGAGGCUUGUGUGGGGAUCUUCUGGCCAUCAAUCAUGAAGAUGAGGUCACAGUAUAUUCCGGAAGAGGCACGAAGCACAAUCAUGAACUUCUUCCGCAUACCUCUGAAUAUCUUCGUGUGCAUUGUGCUGUACAAUGUUGAGGCAUUCCCCAUAACAGUCAUGUUUGGCAUGUGUUCCAUUUUCCUCUUUGUGGCAUCCAUAUUGCAGAGGCGGCUUUGUGUCAUUGCUGAUAGUCAAAGACCAAAGCCACAAGAAUGGACAGAUAUGAAGGAGAGGGAUCCAGAAGACGAGCCAUUAAAUGCUUGAUUUACGGGUAAAGUUUGAAGAUUGGGCACAUUUCACUUCAAGUGAUUCAAUGUUCAGUGUACUUACUUUUUGUUAAGAAAUAAGAUUAAAUUAUACGGAGUAAUUCUUCAAAGAUGACUAACGAGGUGAGUCAAUGACAAAAACUUGAUGGUCAUCAUGGUAACUUACUGGUAUACUGUGGACAAGGCUGGAUUCUUUCCCGUGUUGCUGCUGCAGACCCCGUCAGAGAUAUAGUUGGUAGAGCUGGUAACUGGGCAAGAAUCUGCUCUUAUUUUUGAGUAGCAUAAAAUGAUUGAGCAUGUUGAGUAGUAAUAGGUCUCCAAUUCUUCUCUUAUAUGUCCCAUAUUGUAUACCUAGUAGUCCAAAGUGUGCUUUAUGGCAGUUAUUUGUUUACUAGUAUAUGCUCAUAUGUAUUCAUAGAAUUAAAAUGUUGAUGGAACCCUUUUCCAUAUUUUAUACUUUCUUACAAUUAAUAUAUACAAGCAUGUCUAUUGUCUUCUGAGGUUG